UCCUAAAAAGUAACGUCAGAGAUAAAAACACACACACACACAUUGAACAUGGAAAACAGCAACAUAUGAUGAGUCAAAGAACCUCUCUGGCUUUUCUAGUGGACACUAAAACAGGCUUAGCAGCUCUUUGUCUCUCCAGUCCUCAUGUGAGUGAGAGUAAGAUUCGUUCAUUUUCACCCAUUCCCCCCACCCCCAAGAAAAUAAAAAAAAAAUAGGCAUGCAUGUUCACUUUUGUGCAUAUUAUUUAACUUUACUGUUGGUGGGCUGGUCUUCAUUGUUUUCUUUUGCUUCAUUCUACCAAUCUACACUACUUUUUCUUGAUUCUUUGGGAGGAACAGAUUCUCAGUGCUAAAUCUCCAACUCCUACUAUCACGACUGUUCUUUGACAAGAGCUUCUUUUGACGUUUUCUUUCCUGGAUUAUUAUCUGAAUGUGACGCCGUUCUCUCAGACAAGCCUUUGAGCUCAAGAGAAGGAGCAAAUGAUUGCUUUUACUAGCAAUUUCUGGGGUUUUUCUUUGGCUUUCUUCUCUGAGAUCUGAACUGGGGAAGAUUGAUCGAUGACGCUAAAGUGAGCAAACAUGGAAUUAGACUUUGACAAGUAUUGCGUUGUAGAUGGAAGUCCUACAACUGUCCUUCCAGCUCCUCGGCCUCGUUCAAAAGUUGCAAGUAGAAAAUCAAACGGAAAGCCCAAAUGCGGAAAUGAUAUACAGAACCUCAAUGGAAACUUCAGAGAGAUUAACUUUAAUCGUUACCGUAGUGCGUCUUGUAGAGAUGCUCGAUCCAGAAGAGGCAAUGAAGAGCAUAAUGAAGUGCUGAAGCGGGGUUCGGUCUAUCAAAGUUCUCAAGAAGUGAAUCGGAUGAAGGGAACUGAUGCUGUUGCUGGAAGGAAAAAAAUUGAGUUUUCAAGAGGAAGUGCAUGUACGUCCUCAUUAGGAAUUAUUGAUUCAUUAUGUAGUUCGGAUGAAGAUAGCUCAGUGGUGGAGCGAAAUAGGUCCUCAACAAUGUCUCUCUCUGAACAAAGUACGAGUGCUCUUUGUAAAAGCCAGAUCGACUUGUGUUCCCGGGAUUCAAUAAAUUAUUCUCUCUACUCUAUUCCAAGAAGAACCGGCCCACAAAAUAUUGCUUGCUCGGAUAAAAGCAGAAAACAAUCCUCAGAUAAGCAGUCUGUUCAGGAUCUCAUGAUAACAUCCAAAUCUGCAUUUGCUCCAAUAAAGGCUAGUAACAGCUCAGAACAAAGAGAUCUGGUUGUCAAUUUGCACAAGUCGUUGUCGGCGAAAUUAGCUUUGCCUCAUUCACCCGCACAAUCAGAGAGUGAGGGCUCCAAACCAAGCAGUCCAAAAGCCCGGUUUACUCCUGUCAGAAAGAUGUUUGAUCCGUUUGUUAAAUCCAAAUCCCACAGAGGUCCUAUGAGUUGUGCCAAGGAAACUGGCUCGGAAAGAGUAAGCACGCACGUGGGCAUGAGUCAUAAUGAAACAAUUUGCAGAACCCUGCAGAAUGAUUUAUCUGACAAGCAGCAACAUGUGGGGUGCAACUCUCAGUGUGAAAAGAAAGAGAACCAUAAUUCGGUUCCUCUGUCUUCUCCUGCACACCUUCAUGGCCUCCUAAAGUUGGAAAAUAAGCAGGGGCUGCCUUGUUUUGAGUUUUCUGUGAAGUCGCCGGAAGAUGUUUAUGUUGCGAAGACAUGGAAGGUUGAUAAUGCUCUAACAUGGGUCUACACCUUCCACUCAUUUCAUCAUAAAAGAAAGAGUAAUGCUAGUGGAUGGGGAUUUAAAGACAACAAAGAGUCCACUAUGGUUGGGCAGAUGCUAGUUUCUUGUUAUCUAUGUACAGAACUGAAAGGUGCUGGAGAUUUUGAUGAUUCUAUGGUGACUGAGUUUGUGUUGUAUGAUAUUGCCCAUUCAAGAAAAAGUAUUUCUUCUCAAGAUAAUUCCAGCUGUUCCCCUGAUGUCAGUAAAGUACCCCUGGUUUCUGAAGAGAUUUUGUCUAAUUGUGAGCAGAACGAAGCACCAGGCAGGAUAAAGAAUAAAGGUCAACUUAAGCAUUUGCGUGACAGUGGUCACUUUGAAACACAGCCUCUGGUAGCAUCAGAAUUGCAUCCAGACCUAGAAAUUGCAGCAAUCAUUAUGCAAGUCCCGUUUCAGAAAAGGGAGAGUCUGAAACUCAGGAGUGAGGACAGGAAGAUGGAUAGGCUGCUUCCUAAUUUGCUCGAACUUUGUCAGAUUGAGCAGGAAAAUGAGGUGAUUUCUGACACGAAAAGUCCUGGCAAGAUGCACGUUGUGAUCCCUGCUGGAAACCACAGUUUGCCAAGUCCUGAAAGUCGUGGACCUUCACCAUUACUUGAUAGGUGGAGGAUAGGCGGAGGAUGUGACUGUGGCGGUUGGGACAUGUCAUGCUCCCUUGAUGUUUUUGAAAAUCCAAAUUUUAAUAUUGCCGAGGGCCUUCCGUUUAUGGACAAUCAGCACCCUGCAGAACUCUUUGUUCAGGGAAGAAAAGAUAAUAUACCUGCAUUCACAAUGCGGAAAGUCGAGGACGGAAAAUAUGAAGUUGACUUCCAUGCACAGUUAUCUUCAUUGCAAGCAUUCUCCAUAUGUGUUGCUAUUUUGCAUGCUGCAGAAGCCUCCACUGCUGUUGGGCAGGCGAGAAGCAAACAAAUGCUGCAAAGUGACUCAUUGAGGGUAUUUGCCGAAGAGGAAAUUAAAAACUUGAUAGAUGCCAUAGCAGAGGAAGAGAAAUCUACAGUUAACAAGAAGAUGGAGGAAGUCUUGCCAUCUUUCGUAAUCAAUCCACCGUUCUCUCCAAUUGCUCGAGUAUAGCCUUCUGAAAUGAGCUGAGCAAAGACACAGGACCAAUAACUGAUCGCUUAGGGCGAUGGAGAUUCAGCCCAUGUUGAUCACAGUAAGCUAAAUCGUUCAAAGGCACGCUCCAGGUAGCUUCAUCUUCCAGUGAACAUGAUUGAUGCACCAUUGAUAAAUCCAACAUGAUCGUGAUAAAAACUUGAGGUCAGAUGGAUGCAGAGAUCAGCUGAUUGUCUGCGCUAUAUUUCUCAAUCCAGUGUGACCACAUUCGGAGGCAGAAAAACAGUUUUUCCGGCAAAAUUCAGUUCUUAUACAGCCAAAAAAAUGAAACUAGACACCACACUGUUCAUAUUCUUAGAAAGAUAGGGACUAGGGAGGGAAUAGCGGCCCGUUUCGAGAGAAGUAGCGGUCCUUUCAGAUAUUUCAUUCUUUUUGUAAUUUAUGAGGUUGCUAUAAGUGAUGAAGGGAAGUUUUUCCUGAGAAGUGGGAGGUUCAGUGUAAUGACAUUUUCACUUUUCUCAUUGUACCUAUGCAAUAAAUGAAAACGACCCAUCUGUUUUUACCUUUUUC